UAAUGGUUUAUGAUUCCUGUAUAAAACCAGAGAGCAGAUGGAGACGGCUGACAGAAUCACGAUCCACAUCAAGGCCAAGAAUCUUUGUUAACAGAAAAUCCCACCUGGCUGCUGCAGCCAGUAACUAAAACCCAACUGGGUUUUUCCAUCCCAACAUUUUCAGUCUGGUGUACCUGCUAGCUGGGCUGGGGGCUAUAAAGAGGUGAUCAGUGAUUUAUCAACAGGAAUGAGGAGAAAAGGCUUCAGGUGUGACACACCCAUCACCAACCUGAACUUCUGGUCAGAAAACCUCAACAGGCUGAAUUGUUGCCUGGAUAAAGACAUUUUGUUCCUCUGUCAGAUCAUCAGUGAAGGUUUAUAAACCCUCCAUUCCCUGGUUGAAGGCACACUGCUGCUAGUGAGUCCUGCUGCUGCUGCUGCUUGGAUUCUUCAUCACAACAAGAUGAAAUUCGUCCUUUUUACUUUGUUCCUUUGUGGAUUCGUCCUGGAAAUCAAUGCUGGACGUCUUUUUCGAAAACCGAAAAGACCAGGGUCGUAUGCAGGAAUAAGAACUGUUGUGGCAUGUGAGGGAUCAGAGGCUCACUUAUCGUGUGGGCAUGAGGAUAUAUUUGUGAUCAGUGCUAUAUAUGGACGCAGCAAUCGGUUGACGUGCUCCGUUGGGAUACCUGCAGAGCAGACGAAGAACACUGAUUGUGCUACGAAGGCAGUAUCCGUGUUUCAGAAAUGCGAGGGGGAAACGAUGUGCACUGUUUAUGCCAGUAGCUCUGUGUUCGGAGAUCCCUGUGUUGGGACCUACAAGUACCUGGAUGUGAUAUAUCUAUGUCAUUCCCUGGUUGAAGGCACACUGCUGCUAGUGAAUCUGGUUUCUGCUGCUGCUUUGAUUCUUCAUCACAACAAGAUGAAAUUUGUUCUUUUUACUUUGUUCCUUUGUGGAUUCAUCCUGGAAAUCAAUGGAAAAAGUUCAUCAGGAGCAUGGCUCCCAGAGGAAAAAUCCCUUGUUGCCUGUGAAGGAACAGUGGCUCGACUCCACUGUGAAGAAGGUCAGGCUAUCUAUGUGACCAGUGCUACAUACGGACGCAGCAAUCGGUUGACGUGCUACGUUGGGAUACCUGCAGAGCAGACGAAGAACACUGAUUGUGCUACGAGGGCAGAAUCCGUGUUUCAGAAAUGCGAGGGGAGAUCAGCGUGCAAUGUUUUUGCCAGUAGCUCUGUGUUCGGAGAUCCGUGUUUUGGGACCUACAAGUACCUGGAUGUGAUAUAUCUAUGUGAAAUCCAGCUCAGUAACACAAUGAAAUUUGUUCUUUUUACUUUGUUCCUUUGUGGAUUCAUCCUGGAAAUCAAUGGAAAAAGUUCAUCAGGAGCAUGGCUCCCAGAGGAAAAAUCCCUUGUUGCCUGUGAAGGAACAGUGGCUCGACUCCACUGUGAAGAAGGUCAGGCUAUCUAUGUGACCAGUGCUACAUACGGACGCACUGAUAAGAAGACUUGCAGCGCUCGUAGACCGGCCGACCAGCUAAAGAACACUCAAUCCUUCACAUACGCAGAGGAAGUUGGUUAGAGAUGCAACGGGAAACAGUGGUGUAAAGUCAAAGCCAGUAACUAUGUGUUCGGAGAUCCCUGCUAUGGAACCUACAAGUACCUGGAGGUGGAAUAUAUUUGUUACGAGGUUCCCCAGUCGUGCCCAGAAUAGAAGCAGAAGUCGCCUUCUUCAUCAGGAUGCUGAUGAAGACUCUGGUGCUGCUGCCCCAACAGAUGAUGGCUGACGACAACAAACUGAGAGAAGAUCUGCAGCAUCUUGUUGAAAACCUGGAAGGAUCUUAGCGUCCUCAAGAAGCUGACAGAAAAUAAUCUGAAUUACAAUUAAACAUAACAAAUAAAGUAAUAUCACAGAUUAUAGCUUUGAAAAUCUUUUUAUUUUUCUUCCUGUUGUAUCAAACUUAAAGACAGUUUUUCUCUCCAACUGCUUCUCUUUGUAAACUUCUUCAGCCAAAAUAAAACAAAAAGCUGAAAGAGGAA